AUGUCGCACUCUCGCAACACCUCCACCGCUUCCAAGACCGGCACUGGCAAGCAUCCUCCCGCCAACCUCAAGAUGGCCCACCACCAAGCUCCGAUGCGCCAUGUGGUGCCCGAUGCCUCUGACUACGAUACCACCCAUUCGAUCGAGGCCCGCAAGUACCUCAAGACCUACGGUCUGACCCCUCCCGGAGUCGACACCUACGAGAAGCAGAACCAGCGUGCUCUGGCCAUUCUGAACAGCAGGAAGACACCGAUUGAGAAGUAUCAGUAUUUGAGUGUAUUGAGGAGCACGAAUGUACAUCUGUUCUACAGGCUUCUGGCGAAGAAUGUCAAGGAGCUCACUCCUCUCAUCUACACCCCUACCGUCGGCGAAGCCUGCCAGCGCUGGUCUGAGCUCUACACCCAACCAGAGGGCAUGUACCUCUCCUUCGAAGACCGCGGACACCUACACACCGUCAUCCAGAACUGGCCGCACCACGAUGUCGAGAUCACCGUCGUCACAGACGGCUCCCGUAUCCUCGGACUGGGAGAUCUUGGUGUCGAUGGCAUGGGCAUUCCAGUCGGGAAGUUGAGCUUGUAUACUGCUUGUGCUGGUAUCCACCCUCUCAAGACUCUGCCGUUGUGCUUGGACUUGGGCACGAGCAACAAGGAGAAGAGGGAGGAUCCGUUGUAUCUUGGUUCGAGGCGGGAUAAGGUCACGGCUGAGGAGGAGAAGGAUUUCUUGGAUGAACUGAUGGCUGCUUUGACUGAGAGGUGGCCUGGCAUCGUCAUCCAAUACGAGGACUUCAAGAACCCCUUCCCGUCGCUGGAACGCUACCAGGAGACAUACACCAUGUUCAACGACGACAUUCAAGGAACCGGUGCCGUCAUCCUUGGCGGCUUCAUCAACGCCGUUAAACAGUCCGGCGUAGCACCAAAGGACCAACGGGCCGUCUUCCUCGGCGCCGGUUCAGCCGGUGUAGGCGUGGCGAAACAGCUCACAGAGUUCUUCAUGAAAGAAGGCCUUUCCGAAGAAGAAGCCAAGAAGCGUUUCUGGCUUGUCGACAGCCAAGGCCUCGUAGCUUUAGACAGGGGCAAGCUCGCCGACCACAAGAUUUACUUCGCUCGUGACGACAAUGGUGGCAAGCAAUACAAGACGCUUGAGGAGGUCGUCGAAUACGUCAAGCCUACCAUCCUCAUGGGUCUGUCGACUAUCGGCGGUGCUUUCACCCCUAAGAUCCUGGAGAGGAUGGCGGAGCUCAACGACCGACCGGUCGUCUUUCCGUUGUCCAACCCAAGCAGCAAGUCUGAGUGCACGUUCGAGGAGGCCAUCAAAUAUACCAAGGGCAAAUGCCUGUUUGCUUCGGGCUCGCCGUUCCCAACGUUGAACCAUGCGGGCAAGGACUUGGUCCCGGGUCAGGGUAACAACAUGUACGUCUUCCCCGGCAUCGGCCUCGGCGCCAUCCUCAGCAAAUCCGUCUCCGUCACCCAAAACAUGAUCUACGCCUCCGCCGAAGCCCUCUCGACCUCCCUCCUCAAACAAGAGAUCAAAGAUAACUGGCUCUACCCCGAUAUCCGCCGCAUCCGCGACGUCUCCGUCAUCGUCACGGCGGGCGUGAUCCGUGCCGCUCAGGCCGAUCGAGUGGAUCGGGAAUUGGCGCUCAGGCAUUUGAGCGAUGAGGAUUUGGAGGAGUAUAUUCGGAAUCGGAUGUAUGAUCCUUAUAUCGAGAGCGAGAAGGUUAAUGAGGAGAUUCGGGAGUUGGCGGCGCAUGUUAUUGGAUCUCCGACUACGGUUGGGGGUGCGCAUGCGCAUCAGAACGGGACAAAUGGGACGGCGAGGAAGUCGAGUAUGGCUAGUCGGCCGGGGACUGCUAAUGGUCGUGCUUAA